AUGCAACGUAUGAAUCUACGAGAUGAAUUGAGCGAUUCAACGCAACGUGGUUGCACAUUAUGGCUGCUAAUUUCAUGUGUUAUUUUAACGUUUACCACGGCAUUCGUCUACGGUUGGGGUCUUGGUGCACCGAAUAUGUACAAUCACUAUACAGAACUAUUUCUCAAAGGCGAAAAUCCUUGUGGCAUGGCUUGUGUAGUUGUACCACCUUAUAUUGGUGAAAUCGCUUCUCAACGUGUCCGUGGUGCAGCUGGUGCUGUCUUUCGAUUGUCUUUAACCAUCGGCAUCCUCAUUGCUCAAUUAACUGGCAUGCCUUUCAUUGCUGGUACUUGCCAUUCUUGGAGUUGGGGUCUUGCCAUCGUCUUCUUGCUACCCUUUAUUGGUCUGUUCAUUCUUUUUUUGAUACCGAAUUCCCCUACACAAAUGAUUACCGUAUACAACAAUGAAGAUCAAGCAACGGAUGAUUUAAGAAAAUUGCGUGGAACAAGCAAUGUGCAGACCGAUGUUGACCUCAUUCGUCAAGAAAUACGACUGAGAACCAGUGGUAGCAAAUCGGAACCUUUAUCAAUUCCAAAAGUAAAUAAAAAACAGGAAGAAAAAUAAAAAUAGAAUUCUCUCUCUCAUCGUUCAUAUUUCAUUUUUAGGUGCUCACUUCCACUCGCUAUCGUUGGCCGAUGUUGACCACUGUUAUUCUUCAAUUGUCACAAGCAUUAUCUGGUAUCAAUGUUAUAUUUUUCUACUCAUCGAAAAUGUUUCUCAAAGCAGGCAUUUCUCCAAUCAUGAUUCCCUAUGCCAAUAUGGGUACUGGAUUGAUUAAUGUCAUUGCAACCAUUGUGUCAUUAUCGUUG